CUAGUAUCUCUCAACUUCUUUCAAACAAAGCAAAUUAUAAUUUCUUCACUUACCAGAAAACAAAAACUUUGACAAAAAACAACUAACAAUGGCAAAUCCCUUUGGUGUCGUUGUCGAUAAUGAUAAAUUGGAGGAAAUGGCAAGAUAUAUUGGCAAAACAAUAACCCAGGAAGAUAGAGCAAGAGAAGCUAUGCAUCUGAUUAAUGAAGACGAUAAGGACGCAAAAGCUGCAAAAUAUGUAGAUUCUGUGAAGGAGUAUUAUGGUGAUGGUGUGUCCACGUUGUGCCUAGUGUACAACGCCACUGGAGACACUAUCUCUUAUGUUACCGACCACGACUGGUAUGGCUACAUUGGCCGAACUCCGUAUCCUACGGAGAUCGGUAAUGGGCAAUGGGGAGCCUUUCAUCAUGUCCAUGAGACCGGUGCAUCCUCCGGUUCUGAAGCUGCCGUCGUGUACCGCGGCAAGACAGCGAAUGGAAAUUACAGUGACUUUAUGCUUGCUUGGUCUACACCUUGGGGAGGUUGGUACAAAAACAAGGCUUACUGUGAGAUGGGUGCAGUUGACAGUUUUCCAGGGCGUUGGAGUGAUAUAUAUCCUAAGAUAAAUAAUAGCGAUUAUCACGAUAAAGUUGACAGGGACGGGAUCAAGAUAGAUGUUGAUACUGCUAAAGGCACAAGUCCAGUGUUUAAGGCAAUCAUUAAGAUCCCUUUUAGUCCAUGAUCAUCAAUAUCACGAUUGAAGAGAAGUCUCAACUCUCAAUAAAUUGUUAUUUUUCUCGUGUCGUGUUUGUAUUAUCACUUGUUAGUUCACUUAUUUCCUGUGUUUGUAUUAUCACUUGUUAGUUCACUUAUUUCCUGUGUUGCGUCUCCAUUUGGAAUUACUUUUGUAUCAAGUGUAUAAGCUUCAGUAUGAAUAACUGUGUAACUUGUUUGUUAUUAGAUGCUUUUCGUUGAGCAUCUUGUACUUUUGUAUCAAGUGUAUAAGCUUCAGUAUGAAUAAAUGUGUAACUUUUUGUUAUUA